CCGGUGUUUCUGUUUCCUUUCCGUGGUCCACAUUUAAAACUUAACGAGACGUGCUUAAGAAGUACAAAUAUUCACGAUAUCCACAAAGAGCAAUGCAUAAUCAAUACCAUUCUGAAAAAUUAAAUUCCAUGAUUAACAAUUGACCAAAUCAAAUGGCUGACCGAUGGGUCUGUGUUGACGAAAAACUACUAAAACAGCAUCUCUCUCGACAAAAAACGGUCCAUGCGGGCAACAGAGCAUCGACUCGUCAAUGACUCAAUUACAUCAAGGGGCUAUAAAACGGAUGAUGUGAAAAAAAGAUUAGGCAAGUGGCAAUAUGGCGUUCUCUGCUGGAAAGGGUCAUAAAUACUACGUUUGGUACAUGGGGUGGAAAGAAUGUAGAUCUCUUCGUGGUCAGGAUGAUAUCAUCCCCGUUGCUAAAGCAUUAGUGUCGAGACGAAGUACAAAUGAUGUGCCAACGUUAACUUUAGAAUUUGCCAAAAAGGAAUUAAAAAUCACCCAGGAGAAGGAAAAACGGAAAGGGAAAAUUGAAAAGAUAAAAUAUCCUUCAAUUCCGACAAAGGAUAUAACGUUUUCGUGUAAGGUUUACGACGAUGUCGUUGGUUGUGUGUACCUGGGAUUUAACCCAAAGACACAAUGUGCAGUACAUGUACAUGUGUAUAGAUUUGAUUCUGGCGCAACUGCAGAUAGUUUCUUAAGAGACACACGUGCGAUUUUUGAAUCAUCGGCUAACCGAGAACGCUUGAGAAAGGUUGAGGAAGAGUUAUUAGCAAGUGGGCAAAUAGACGCAACACGUUUGCGACGACGGGAGCAAGCUUCGGUUCCGAUUGUUCCAAAAUCAUACAUGGAAAAUGAGCCUCUAUCUAGAGGUGAGUACCGACGGGAAAUACGUCAUUCUCGCCAAAGUUCGGGUUCAAACGAAGACCAGGAUCGUCGUUCUGACAGCAUAGGAGGUGAAACUGAACAGUAUCCCGACGAGAAAGACCUAGCAUUUCUCUCUGUAAAUGAUGAACUAAGAGCUAAAUUGAAAUUAGACACCGCACCAAUACUACUACCCCCAAAAGACUAUGACACGGUGCGGCGGAAACAUGGCGAUCUUGAAGGUAUAGAAGAAAGGAAAAGUCAGCAAAAACCGAUAGUUGGAGAUAGAGGAGCACUGUUUAGCGAAGAUUAUCCGCAAAGGUCAAACCAACAACAUGCAUAUGCGGGUAACAUUAAAUUCACUUCUCCCAAACUUGCGAUCAAAAAAAGAGAUAGUUUCGAAAGUGGACAAGACUCUGGAAUAGGAGGUCCUAAUGAAAUACCAUCGCCUUCCAGCGACCAUUCCAAUCAAGGUUUUCCAGAUCGUGAUCUUGGACAAGAAAUCCGAUACGACGAUAAUGAAAAGGAGCCAGAUUUGAAGAUGGUUACACCCGUUUGGAAGAAACCAGACAUGUACCGAUACCCAACUGCACAAUCAUCCCUGCAGGCAACCACGGGAGCUCAUGUCCAAGACGAAACUCCAGCGUCGCCCUCACGUAGAGGUUCGCAAGGCUCUUCUGUCCAUUCUGCUCAAGGCUCUCACUACAGCGGUGGUAAACCUGCGUCGCGCAAUGCGAGUUUUAAAAGUGAUACAAGUGGCGAAUAUGUUCGCCAUGGUUACUCCACCCCGAGGAAUGCACCUGCAAGAAACAGUGCAACAUUCGGCGUCGGUGAUCCAGCGACAGGUGGGAAUAUUCAGGUAAAUAAUUCCAAAAGACGCUCGAGUAAUUCUAGUGGACACAGCGGUGAGAAUUCAAUAACACAUUACUCGAACCAUGACAACAACGAAAGACCUCAUAACCGAUCUUUGUCGGAACAACACGAUUAUAGAUAUGUUCAAACGAAGGCAUCAGCAGAAAUGCCGGAUCAGCGUUACCUGGUUGCCAAGGAUCGACGAUCUGCAACUGGGGAAAAACCAGACCCUAGAUAUCUGGAGCCUAAUAGAAAACACAGUAGCGAUGCAGGGAUAUAUUCCUACUAUAAAUAGAGGGCACAUCCACAUGCAUAUAGUUUUUUCUCAAUAUAUAUUAGUUAAGCAAGCUUAAGCUUACAUAACAUGCAUUUAUGUCAAUCGCCCGGAGGCAUUACAGACAUAAUGAACAAGUAUAAAAUAUAAAGCUUAGACGAAAUAACAGAUGGAAUGAAAUGAAAAUGGGAUGAGUAAAAUUUUGGUUGAGACAGAUUGGUCCAAUAAGGCAACAAGGCAUUACAAUGUAAAUUGUCGCCACCUGCCAUUUGUGACAGACGCCAACCGCCGAACACUAACCGCCCACAAAAAGAGUUGGGAGACGCCACUUCUGAUGGUGAC